AUGGCAUCAGGAACACGAGUCACAUUUCUCCAGUGUUACCUCAGCGAGCAGGGCAAUCGCGUCUAUACGCUGAAGAAAUUUGACCCUAUGGGACAACAGACUUGCUCUGCUCAUCCUGCUCGGUUCUCCCCAGACAACAAAUACUCAAGACACGGAAUCACCAUUAAGAGACGCUUCAAAGUGCUCAUGACCCAGCAACCACGACCUGACCUGUCUUCUGAGGGUUCCUUAACCUCUUGUGCUGCCCCCUCCCCUCCGCCCCAGCCCAUUAUCAGCAACCAAACGCCUCAAUCCUGA